AUGAGAUAAAAUAAUGAUAAGGAAUGUGAGAAAAUAAGCAAAUAAAUGUUAACAAACAGGAACUUCUUGAACCUUACAGAUGCAUGGACAUGAUUGCUCAGGCUCCAAGAAUCCAUCAGAAUGUCUGCUACCUGCACUGGGUUGGAUUUGUCAGAUGAUUGACAGUCACAAAUAACAGAACUUUGCAGCACAGACAGGCAUGUCAUAUAGCCAGAAUAAAUGCCAUUAUUGAAGCAGUGCUAUAAAAAACCCAAUUAAGACAAUUCAAUAUGGUGGGUUGGACUUGUCAGAUGAUUGACAGUCACAAGUAAAUUUAGUCUAAGGACCUGAAUAUCCAAUGGAGGAGACAAUAGGUAUAUGCUUCAAUGGGGGAAAACAAUAUUAAACUAGGGACCUCUGCUGGGCUGUCAAGGAAACACAAGAAGUCAGAAAAAACACGGCAAAGCAAGACAACAGCUACAGCAGGGUCAAAGCUGGAGUGCCCAGAGAGAACACACACAGGCACAGGGAGAACAUGCACACACAAAGAGGCACUGCAGCCUAAGUGCGCAGUCUUUACCCCAAGUCCAUAUAGUUCAUAGACUGUUACUGCAUGUUCAGGUAGAACUGGCCAGUUCUACUCUUGACUGUGAUGCUCAUAUCCACUAUCUAUGCAGUAAUUGUGGUAAUUAUAAUGUUAUGCUUGCCCAUUGACCAAGCAAUGACAGUAAAAUUCAGGCUAAAAAGGAUGUGUAAUUUCCCUUUAAGAUGACUGCCUCAUGCUACUCCCUGCAGUGAUCAGUGUCUUGUAGUAAAUGCUGGAUCAGAGGUGUCAUUUUGCCCAGAUGGGGUGUGAAGUGACGUGUGACGUCUGAACAGGGACACUGGAACUAGAAGAAACUUCUCCUAUUAUAACAACAUGUAACUUAAGUAUUAUUAUAUCUGUUGUUAUAGCAUGAUGCUAGCCCAGUUCCAAAUGUUUUCAUUGUUGGGGUGACCUUUGAUUGCAAUAUGUCAUGCUACACAACAUCAUUUUAUUCAACCUUUCAGUGUGAAAUUAAACCUGUUUCCAUUUCCCCAAACACAAAUCAGUCCAGUCCACAGGAUACAAUACCCGUUGACAAUGCACAUAAUCCUGAAUUAAACUAUACUAGAUUAGUGAAGGUUUUUCUCACCUGCACAUGAAAACACUUGAUGUCCACAGGUGCUUACUCCUCAAUAUGUGUUCACUUUAUAAAUCAGUAACAACAUGAAUGUUAUCAUGAAUGUUUUAAAUGUGUAGGAAAUGAAACAACUCAAGAGUACCUGAAAAUAACUUAUAUCAUAAAAAGACAAAAAAAAAACAGAAGUUUUUUUUAUACAAGAGCUGAUUUUUUUGUAAUGUUUAUAGUUCUCAGCUGCCUUUUGAGCAGCUUUAUCAGAGAAAAACUGAAACUCUAAAAUACAUGUCUUAUCACAGAGGUGAAAUCCUAUUUUUUACGACAUAAUCUCCAGAUAGCAGGUAACGCAACAAUCAAAGGUCAACUGAGGUUUUACUCUUGGAGUUGGUAAAUCCGACAUAUCCUGAAUGCAUCGAAAGAAACACAUUCUGGCUUCGUCAUUACGCACAUCGACGCAACCCGUUUGUCCAAUCAGGUGAAGAGUCUGAAGCUCAGGGAAGAAGCAGAUGAUAUGGCAGCUUUGAGAGCGACCAGGUGGAACUUGCUUUGUUAAUACGGCUAAACCUUUAAAUAUGAAAGCACUUUGACUCCGAGACGGCGUCAGGGCAGCUGCUCGAGAUGAUUUACUUAAUACUGAUUUCUGCGUUCUCCGGAGCAGUCGUUACGUUGAUAUUACAGUUCUUGCUGAUAUACCGGAGGAGCCCCGAGCCCAUAGGCAGGACAGUGCAGUAUGUCAAAGUAGUGCCUGAUAACGCAUUGAAGGAUUACUUUAAUACCCAACAUGCCGAACCAGGACAGCAGCAGCAGGACAGCACAGCAUCUGCUGCACCGAAACAGCAAGAGGCCGCCUCAACAAGGCAGCAGGAAGCGGCUGUCACCAGCGGCAGCCCCAAACAACAGCCGCCACCGCCUCCACAAAGCGAGCCCAUGGACGUGACCAAACCUGAAACGUGUAAUUUCCUAAAUGCCAUCUUUUUGUUCCUGUUCAGAGAGCUCCGCGACACCCCUGUGGUUAGACACUGGCUCACCAAAAAGAUCAAGGUGGAGUUUGAGGAGCUGCUGCAGACCAAGACGGCAGGUCGGCUCCUGGAGGGACUUAGUCUCAGGGAUAUUUCCCUGGGCAAUUCUCUGCCCGUCUUUAAAACGGCCAAACUUAUGAAGCCGAUGCCUUUGAACGAAGACGGCAUGCCAGAGGAGCUCAACUUUGAAGUGGACAUCGAAUACAAUGGCGGUUUUCACCUCGCCAUCGACGUAGAGCUGGUAUUUGGGAAGUCUGCCUACCUGUUCGUUAAAAUGAGGCGCGUGGUGGGUAGGCUGAGGCUGCAGUUCACGCGCAUGCCCUUCUCCCAUUGGUCCUUCUCCUUCCUGGAGGACCCCCUGGUGGAUUUUGAGGUGAAGUCGCAGUUUGAAGGAAGACCACUCCCUCAGCUCACCUCCAUCAUAGUCAACCAAUUGAAACGGGUGAUCAAAAAGAAACACACCUUACCCAACUACAAGAUCAGAUACAAACCCUUCUUCCCAUUCCAAGUGCAGCCUCCGCUGGGUUCAGCAUGUGAUUUGGAUCUGUCAGUCCGGGACAGCAAGCUGGUGGAAGGCCGACUCAAAGUCACCCUCAUUGAAUGUAGCAGACUGUUCAUCCUGGGCUCCUAUGACAGAGAAACCUACGUUCAUUGCACCCUGGAGCUGAGCAGCCACCAGUGGAAGGAGACAACUCGCAGCUCCAUCAAACGGACGGAGGUUAUCAAGGCGCAAUGUGGCAGUGUGGGGAUGACCUUCAGGCAUGUUCCUGCCACUGAGGGGGAUGCAGUCCACGUCAGCAUUGAAACGGUCACACCUAACUCCCCUGCGGCUUUGGCAGAUCUACAGAGGGGUGACCGCCUCAUUGCCAUUGGAGGUGUCAAAGUGACAUCCUCAGUUCAAGUGCCCAAACUGUUGAAGCAGGCUGGAGACAGGGUGGUGGUACUUUAUGAGAGACCAGUUCGUCACCAGACUCCCUCUUCGGGGAGCUUGGGAACUCCUCAGGAAGGGUUUGGGCAGCUAGAGGAAACAGGUUUCAUUCCCCAGCCAGGUGGUUAUGAGGAGGACCCAGCCCCCAUCACCACUCUCUCUGACAUAUCCGACAGCAAAGACAUGGACUCUGAGUUUGAAGAGUUGAUUGUGGACUCCAGACCUAGCCAGACUGGUGGCCCUAACAACAGCACCACAAAUACCAGUGACACUAAGGAAGAUUUCUUACUUACAGUAAACCAAAGCCCCAAAAGGACUGUGGCCAACUUGGCCUCUAAGCCCCUUGGUACCAUAUCACCCAUUCUCAACCGCAAGUUAAAUCUAGUAGGUCUCCAGUCACCACUAAAGCCUCAGCCCAAAGAAUCACCAAAGCCCUCUCCACAAAAGAUCAGUAGUGAUCCAGGGGAGGGUCUACAGCGCCCCUCCGUUCCUCCCCCACCUCCUCCUUCUCGCCCCCCAGUGCCGCCAAGACCUCAGAUAAGGUUAACAUCAGCCUCCUCAGAGACCAGUCUUUUGGAAGGUGUUGAUUCUGUUGCAUCUACUAAUGCUACUGUUCCUCCUGUUGUGACUGCCACCAUCAGUGCUUCUGAAAAAUCUCCAGAAAAAGUUCCUGUCAUUGGAGCCAAUGAGGACAAGGCUGGCACUGAGAAGAUAUGUGUCAAACAGGUUGAGACAAAGCAAUCCACCAGGCCAGCAGAGUCCAGUGAUGAGCUGUCAGUCCCCUCCACUGUGACCAGCAGUAACAAGGCUGAUCAAGUAAAGGACAAAGCUUCAGAGAGCUCAUGCAGCACACGGGACAGUCUAGAGGACCACUCUAUCUGGGAAUCCCCAGAAACCAUGUUUCGUAACCAGACAGCACGUUGGCCCAAAGCUUCUAUGGUGUUUGACGUAGAGAGCAACCACAAGUACCUUAAUGUGGCUCUGUGGUGCAAAGAUCCCUUUAAGCUGGGUAGUUUGUUGUGCCUGGGUCACGUGAGUCUUCAGCUGGAACAUGUAGCCCUAGAAUGUAUGGCCACAUCUUCAGCAGAGUACCAGAGCACCUUUAGGCUGGGGUCUCCAGAGCCCAGAGCUAAUGUCAGCCGCACUGCAUUACGCAGCCUCAGCACCCACAAGGGCUUCAAUGAGAAGCUGUGUUACGGAGAUGUUACUCUGAACUUCUGUUACUUAUCUGAGGGUGACUUUGAGUAUCCAGGGGGGCUGGCAGAAAGGGAGCGAGAGGGGAGUCUUCAGGAUGAGGAUCUAAAGGAGAAGGAAAGGGAGCAUAUUCCCUCAGCACCACGUGAUGACUUGGCUUACGGUGCCAUUCAGUUGGUAGAGGUUCGUCACAACUUCCAGGACACCCAGUUCCAGAACCCCACCUGGUGUGAAUACUGUAAGAAGAAGGUUUGGACCAAGGCAGCCUCUCAGUGUAUGAUUUGCGCCUAUGUUUGCCACAAGAAGUGCCAGGACAAGUGCCUCUCUGAAAAUCCUUUCUGUGUGGCAGCGACUGAACGUCGUGGAGCUGACCCUGAAGCCAAAUCCACCAUAAACCGGGCCACCACUGGUCUAACACGGCAUAUCAUCAACACCAGCUCCCGUCUGCUUAAUCUCCGCCAGGUGCCCAAGACUCGGCUAGUUGAGCAGGUGGUUGAUGUGGUGCCUGGAGCAGUGGAGCCCUCACCCAAGCAUACACCCAACACUUCAGACAAUGAGAGCAGUGAUACUGAGACCUAUACCAGUGGUGCCAGCCCCUCAAAACAGCCCGCCAGCAGCGGUGGCAGCAGUAAACUUGUACGGAAGGAGGGUGGGUUGGAUGACAGUGUGUUCAUUGCUGUGAAGGAGAUAGGGCGCGACUUGUACCGAGGGCUGCCCACAGAUGAGCGCUCCCAGAAGCUCGAGUUGAUGCUUGAUAAGUUACAGCAGGAAAUUGACCAGGAGCUGGAGCACAAUAACGCCCUUCUGCUGGAAGAGAGGGAGGCCACAGAUGCCCGACGCAAGGCCCUAAUUAGCACUGCCCUGGCCAAGUCUGGGGAGAGACUACAAGCCCUCACCUUGCUAAUGAUCCAUUACCGUGCAGGCAUUGAGGACCUGGAGUCAGUAGAGAGCACCUCUCCUUCAGAGCAGCAAGGCUUUAAAGGAAAAGGAGAAGGCCUGGAGGAAGAGGCCCUGAUGGGGACAGAAGUCUAUGACAGUGACAUCUGCAGCCCUGUCGAGGUGCCACUACUGGAUGACAUUACUGAGGAGCAGAUCUGUGUGGAGGCACUCCACUAAAUAAUAUAAGAAGGAAGCAGAACCUUCUUUGGUCUCAUGUCUCUGCACAAAAUUGUGUCCAGUUUGUUUAUUGAGAGGAAUUUCCACAGUUCAUUUUAAAAAAUUGGGAAUGUUGAGGUCCAGUGUUUGAUUCACUUCAUUUUACAUGAAAAAGAAAGGAUGGUUAAAAGAAUUUACUCCCUAAAGAAUCAUGGUAAAUCUGUCUUGAUGUUUUGAUUUGCACAUUGUAAUGCUGUUUCCAUGCUUUUCCAUGUAUUUCUGGGUUUUUAAAGGGAAGCUUGAAAGCUACACUAUUAUCUCAGCCCUCAGUAGUGCUGCACGUUUAUCAUCCAGUUUUGUCAUAGUAAGAAUUUGAUUUAGUUUGCUUUAUUGUCUGUAACUGCUUUGACUUAAGGACUUAAAAAUAUGCGCACAUUUCUGUGGUCUACUAGUCUGAAUCAUCUUUGGAGAAGGAAAAUGUUAAAUAUUUGUUGUGAAUAACAAGUCCAUAUGAAGGUAACAUAUUUGAGUCUAUAACAGUGUGAACACUACUAAGCAAAAGCAGGCUUGGACAUCCACUGCAGUGGAACAUCUUUUUGUGUAAGGACCCUGCAAGCAGUCAUACAUAUCUUUUGUUUUGAGCACUUUUUUACUGUAAUGUAAUUGGAUAUUUGGUGUGACUUUCCCUGCUCACAAAGCUCUUUGGGAUUUCAGCAGCUGCAUAAUUAUUAGUGGAACCUCUUUCUUUUUGUUGAUUUGUUUGUAUUAGGCCAAAUGUGUAAUUCUGUAACCCAUUCUUUUUUCCCUUUUACUGACUUUUUUUUUUGAUUGAGUUCUGAAUAAUUGUUAACCAGGAGCUCUCAUGAUGUAAAAAUUCUCUAACCUUUAUUUAACUUUGUGUGUGUGUGUGUGCUUGUACUACUUCUGUGAGGACCAGGACAUUUUGGGUGAGGGUUGGGGUUAGGCAUUUAUUUGUGAGGGUUAAGGUUAGGGUAAUGGGCUAGAGAAUGCAGUAUGUCAAGGAGUGUCCUUGCAAAGACAGAAAUGUGUGUGUGUGUGUGUGUGUGUGUGUGCGCGCGCACUUCAAGGAAUUAUGAUGUGAUUUAGUGCAGCUCAUUUGCCUUCAUGAGUUGUUUUCAUGCCCAAAUGGACAUAUGUUAAGCCUUGUCUGUGUUUUUUGUGCAUACAACUAUUUUGCACCACGUCUACCCAUUUCCCUGCAAAACAUCAAGCAUUAAUGUAGCCUGUUACAGUGAUUCUAUCAUAACUAGCUACUGUGCUGUUCAUCUGUCUACCCUGAUAGAGCCUCUGGAAAAUAAUUGCUUGUGAAGAGGGACUAUCUUACGCAUCUAAAGCAAAAAUCUAUCCUAAAACACUGAAACAUUACUAAAUCCAUUUUGGUGGUUAUUUUGCCAGUCAGGGCCACAUCACACAUUUCCAGAAAAAAUACAGUUGAGUUUGAUUGUGGAUCUUCAGUGAGGUUGAGUUUGAUAGCUUUCUAAAAAUAUCAAUAGCAGUCAGCAGUUUUUGUUAUCAGUCCAUCAGAAUUGUGACAGAGAACUCAAUUAGAUGUAGACUAGAUGUACUAGUAUAGGGCCAAUGUUUGAUUGAAAGUAAAAAACAGCCAUGCAUCAAAACCUUAGAUAAUGAAUCAUGAUCCAGGGAGUCUAGUUAGAGAUUCUUGAGUGAAGGUUUAUCAGUAGCAGUUAGUAUUACAAGGAAGGAUUUUAAAAAUCUGACCAUUUACUAUGGCAGUAGUCAUUUUAUCUUUUAGGGUGUUCACAUUACCAAGUACUCUGCUAAGAAUGCGCAUGUGCAAAUAUCUGAUUGGCCAACACCCUGCCUUGCUAGAUGAUGUCAAUUUGCCAGAUUCUGGGCUCACUCUCAGCCUGACAGGCCCCUUUAGCAGGUGAACAGGUGUGCAGAGAUGGAUAAUUUGAAUUUAUCCCUCUGUACUUUUUUCUCUCCUCACACAACAGCUUCCUUCAACAACAUUAAUGCUUUUGAGGAGAAAAUAAGCAGUUAAAGUUCUUAGGGAGAAAUCAGUGGGAUGCAGCCAAGAUGAUGGCAGGCUUUUUGCUCUGCCUUGGAGUUUAGCUAUUGGGAACAGGUAUAAACUGUAGACCUGUUAGAUGAAACAUUGAGAUGAAACGUUUUGUUUUUUGCUCAUUUUAGCCUGGUAGUUAGAGCAGUCAUAGCACUCACAGAUGGAGUAGGUAUGUAGAUGAUGAUGGACAGAUGAGUUUGUGUACUGAUGACCUUCUUCAAAGUAAAUCAUCUGUUGAGACUGGGAUGUGGUGAUGAUGAAAGAAUGUGGUUUUUGCAGAAUCACAUUGUCUCCUCACAGCCUGAUAGACAGUAUAGCCCAGUAUGGGUCCAUGCCUUGAGGUGCAUGGGCCAAUCCUGCUUUAGGGCUAGGAUUAGAGCUUUCUUGAGACACCUUAAGAUUUUCCUGGGUAAAGUACAACGACUAAGCUAAUGAAAGAUUCAGCAAAUAAGAAAAUAAGACACCACCCAAAAUGCACUGAAUACCAUUCAAGAGUGAGUUAGUGAUGGGUAGAUUUUUCCUUUAAUGCUGUGGAACUUCAAAAGUCCAUGUCCAAGCUAAUGGGAUGAGAGAAGUAAGCAGCCCUGAACAUACUUGGGGAUGGAUGUGGACAGCUGUGGAUUUGCACACGCUUCUAUACAUACUUCAGUCAGGGGUAGGCAUAUGUGGACGUGUUUGGUACGUGCAUUAGAAAACGUAUUAGCCACCUCUUGACAGCAAGAAGAGGAGCUCCUUAGUUUGUUUUGUUUUGCAGAAGAGCAUGAAAAAGUCCAGCAAUGAAAGCAUGUGUGUGACAGCUUAACAAGAAUAGGACCAGGGAUGUGGAAUACAGAACAAACAUCUUGACAUUCAUGCGUCGCAUGACACGAACAUCCAGUUUACUUUUCUGGUGCAUGUGCAGUUAGCGUGCUCGCUGUGUGGAUAGUCUGCGGUCUCAAAUUUUAGGUCAUCCAGAAGUGACGUCACGUGGAUUCUUGGUGGACACGCAGAUGUGGAAAGCAUGAACUGGCCUUUAGGAAGCAAAGGCUCAUCUUCUGUUAUUUUCAGUGUAAUAGAUAUGUUGCUCAUGUAGAUAUCGGCUUACUGGCUGCUAUACUUGUCAAUCUCUCAGUCACUGUAUAUUCAGAUUUUUUGUGCAAUAUUUUUGUAGGAAAUGAAACUGAUAAUCAGCAAUGAAUCCCAAUGUCUGUGAUUUCUCUUCUUUUUUCUCUAAAAAUGUGUAGUUUGUGUGCCCAUCUAUCUCUAACCUGAAGGGUUUUGGAGAUCAAUGAUAACCUGAGGGGAGGAGUUGAUGCUGUAAACCCCUCUUUUGGCUUUUGCUGCUGCUGCUGCUGUUGUUGUUACAAUGUGCUUUUCCACUGGACUCAUAACCACAAUGCUUCUGCCACCCCUCCCCCAACCCUAACCUUUCAAACUGCACUUAAGAUAUGACUGCCCACCACAGCUUUCAGCAGGUCAAGAUGGUGUUUAUUUCUUUUUGUGUAUGUGAGGGAUGUAGUACAGUUUUCAAGAAGGCUCAUGUGAUGAAGCUUUAUUGUACAUAACCUAAAUAAACAAGCUCAAAUGAA